AAAAAUAUUUUUAACACAAGCAGCCGCAAAAAAAUAAAAGAAAAGAAACGGCAAGCCGCCAUAAAAAUAUUUAAAAAGGGAUCAACGGAUCUUGAUUUUAAAGUAACACAAGAAGCAGCACCUUUGGCAGCUAAACACAAGAUUAAAUAUAACACAAUAUAAUACAUAGCCGAACGAUCCGUGAACUCAUUGUAAGCAGCUUUAAAGAAAAUAUAAAACCUGUAAAAUAUACAUAAUAUAAUAUAAUAGUAUACCGCUGCCAUGGCCAGCAGCGCGACAAACGUCGACGGCGGCAGCGGGACGUCGGCGGCGCUGCCAUCGCUCUUCCCCGCCGUCGGCGCCGCUGCCGGCGUCAAGGAUAUGGACGGACUGAUUGCCAUUAACGAUAGCGCCCUAUCGCAACAGAUCGAAUUUAUACUGCAGGAUGCUCCCAUGGAGCAGGACGACGAUCCUCACCAGAAUUCGCAUUCGCAUGUGCAUCACCAUCAUCAGCACUCGCAUCAUCAUCCCCACUCGCAUUCGCAUCAGCAGCAGCAUCUUCAUCAGCAACAGCAGCAGCAGCAGCAGCAGCAGCAGCAACAACACCAUCAUCCGCAUCAUCAACUGAAGCUGGAGAACAGCAGCAACAACCACCCACCGACAGCAGCAGCAGCAGUGGCAACAACUGCAACAGCCACUGUGGCAACAGCAGCAGCAUCAACCAACAACAGCGCUUCCUUUAGCAACAACAACAGCAGCAGCAGCAGCAGCACCAACAGCAAUAGCAAUAACCUCGAAAACCAGCAACAGUUGCUGAUCCAGCAGCAACAGCAGCAACACCAUCUUUUAAAUGGACGCCGCAUUAUUAUCCAGGCUACGGGUAACUCAUCCGUUUUGGCGGCCAGCGAUAUCAAAGAGGAGGACGACGAGGAGGAAGAUCCCGAGUUAAAUGAUGAAAAUCUACAGGAUAUCGAGGAGGAGGCCCAAGCAGCCGAGGCGGACGAGGAACCGGAGAGCACAACGCAGCAUUUGUCCACACAGGUUAAGCUGGAACUGGAAGACGAUGAGGAAAUGCCCGACGAGGAGGAGGAAGAGGAUGAGGAUGAUGACGAUGAGCAGCAUGCGCAACUGGAGUACCAAAUAAGUGCGGCACCGCAAUCGGGCGGAGCGACAAGCAGUGCCGGUGGCGGCGCAACAGCCGGUGGAUCACAACAAUUGGUUCAACUGCCCGCCGGUAGUAUUGUGAGCACCACCACCCACCGAUUGUCGGUGCCCGUGACCGAGGCGGCUCUUGUCCAACUGCAGCGACGACCUGUUUACAUAAGCAACGCUGUGGGUGGCUUAACCGCCGGCACAACGUAUGUGAGAAUGCCAGCGGCGGCGGUCAUCAGCCGAAGUCCCAUGACGGUGCUGAAUGUGGUGCAACAGGCCCUGCCGGCCACCCAGUUGAUAUUGCAAACGCAGCAACAACAAACGCCGGCGGCGGAGCAGCAAUUGGCACUGGCAUUGGAACAGCAAAGGCAGCAGCAAGAGCAGCAGGCCCAGCAGCAAAGGCAGCAGCAACAAGAACAGCAACGGCAACAGCAGCAGCAGCAACAACAGCAGGCGCAACAAGAACAGCAGAGACAGCAGCAGCAGCAGCAGGCACAGCAGCAGCAGCAACAACCACAGCAAACCCAUUCAGUGAAGCAUUCAGCAUCCAGCUCUUCCGCCACUAGCAACAGCAAUACAAACACAAACUCCACCAACAGCAGCAACAGCAACAACAACAACAACAACAAUAACGCUCCGGCGUCUAACGUGACCACCAGUUACCAAUGCGUAGAGUGUGUGGAAAAGUUCGAUUCCAAGGAACUCUUCGACAUCCAUCGCAGUGGACAUGCCAAUAACAUGAAAUGCGCCAUUUGCAACAUGGUGCUAAAGUCUCUGAAGAACUACGAGAAGCACUGCCUGCGCUGCAAGCCGUACGAGUGUCAGAUUUGCGGCAGAGUCGUCCGUUUCCGGCCAAACUUCAUCAAGCACAUGCGUGUGCAUACGGGGCAGCAGUCGGAGCGACACAAGUACAAGUGCGAGGUGUGCCACAAGGAGUUCAUGAGCUUCGAGUACUUCAAGGUCCACAAGAAGAUCCACAACGAGAAUGUGAAUCUGACAUGCGAGAUAUGCGGAAAGGUGUUCAGUGCUCUGGCAUCGUUGCGAGGGCAUUCGAAGCUGCAUUCGGGCGUCAAGCUGCACAAAUGUGACGUAUGCGGCAAGGGCUUCGGGCAGAGAUAUAACCUUAAAAUCCACGCCAGGACGCACACGGGUGACUUCCCCUUCGAGUGCAAGAUCUGCAAGAAGAAGCUGCACACGCAGUCCUCACUGCAGACGCACAUGCAGGUCCAUCUGAGGGAUCAACCGGCAGCCGCUGCAGCAGCUUCGACAGCCGGAGCAGCCUCCUCGAAGGCUAGCAAUAGCAGCAAUUCGAGCAACAGCAGCAACUCCAGCAGCAGCAAUUCAAGCAGCAAUAGCGGAACGGUGGCGACGUUGGCGUCUUCGGCGGUGGUGGCAACAACGAUUGUCAAGCUGGAGCCACCGCAAGAGAUGGAGAGACCCGGGACGAGCAGCAACCACCAGCUGCAGCAACUGCAGCAGCAACACCAUCAGCACCAGCACCAAAUGGAACUGGACGAACAGUCGGGACUGAGCGGAGAUGACGAGGAUGGCAGCGGCGGCGGUAUGAACUCCUCCUCGCACAUUGUUAAUGCAACCACCAAUCGCUUGACCACCGGCGAGGACUCAUCGGAGUCCUCGAAUGCCUCGCUACACCUGAACCAGCACUCCUCCACCUCAUCCUCGCCAGCCUCGCAGCACCAAAUGUCACAGCAGCAGGUGCAACAGCAAUAUCUCGUUUCGGCGCCCACGCGUACGAUUGUCAUUAAAAACUACAUGCAGCAGGGAUCCCAUCAGCAGCAGCAGCAGCAGCAGCAGCAGCAACAGACCUCCGAUCCAACGCCCGUGCUGCAUGCCCAGGUCAUCCAGAGCGGUGCAGGCACCAGCAACGGCAGCGGCAACAACUCCUCCACCACCAACAGCAGCAGCAUAAGCAGCAACAACAACAACAGCAGCAGCAGCAGCAGCAACAACAUCAGCGGCAAUCUGAGCAAUGGCUCGCAGUUGAUACGAAAGACGCCCAUCAUUCAUCAUUCAACCAACAGCAGCGGUGGGUCAGCGCUGACCAGUGUGGUGCAGCAGACAGGUGUUAUUUCGCCCGCUCAGUCGCCAUCGUCAUCCUCGACCUCCUGCUCCUCAUCGACGGUACUGGUGUCCAAGGCCACCGGUGUGCCCCUAUCCAUUGCUUCCUCGGCAGCGGCUGCUCUCGGAGGCUCCACGAUUAUACGCAGCACGAGGAACCACCAACAGCAGCAGCAGCAGCAGCAGCAACAGCAACAGCAAGCCCAACAACAACAACAGCAGCGGGUAACGCAGCGCAACAACCACCGAAAUCACCACCGACGUCGUCAUCUGGCGGACAUGGAUGACGAUGAAGAUGAGGACGAUGAUCAGCAACAGCAACAGCAGCAGCAGCAGCAGCAACAGCAUACGCACCAAACCCAACAUCAGCAUCACCAUCAUCACAAUCAUCAUCACAACCAUCACAAUCAUCACUUCGAUGACGAUGAUGACGAUGAGAAAUCAUCACCGUCCCUGGCCACUGCGGCCAUAAUCAAAGUGGAACCGAAUCUAUAUUCCUCGGGCUCCGGCGACAAUUCCAACGAUAUGUUCAUCAAGGAGGAGGUGAUGUUUGAGGAUUCGGCUGCCCUGCAUUCACCACAGUCGCCGCCUAGCUCGAAAUUCCGUAUCUCGAACUUUGAUAGUGAUUUGGUUGAUCAUCAUGUGGAUCUGAAUCAUUCGCUGCCGCCGUAUGGCAAUCUAUUUGAACCGCAUUCGAUACCAGAUAGCAUCCCAGUGCAGCUAUAUCCCGACGAUGACGAUGACUUCCGGCUGGACCAUAGUUCGCUGGGUGGACUGCACAACACAACGUCAUCGUCGACCACCGAUGGGGACUUUAUCAAGAAGGAAUGGGUCUACGGCACCGGCACCAGUUCCUAUGCCAUGAACGGCAAGUUUGAUGACGACAGCGAUGCCCUGUGCGAUGCGGCCAACUUCAUUUACAAUUGAGUGCAGGCAUCCGCUGCCGUUGUGGUGGAUCAUCGUCAUCGUCAUUGUCAUUUCAAACGAAAGAGGAAUCCGCGUCGUCCUGUGAAGCAAGAUCAGGAGCAGGAGCAAGAGGAGGAGCAAGAGGAGGAGGACGACGAGGAUCAGCAGCAGCAAAAGGUGGAAAAGCGGAGCAUGGAUGAGGAACAGGAACAGGAACUGGAUCAUCAACGCAAUGUCCUGCGCCGCGUCCACGAUGCAGCCAUGUGGAGCUGAGAAUUCGGUUAACCCAGAUUCAUAGCUGUACCACAUAUAUGUUUUAUAUAUGUUCCAAACACCCCUUAGAACCCCCCUACAUAUACCAUAUAACCCGACACCACACCACACACAAAACACAACCAAGAGGGUGAAUCGAUUUGCGUAGGGUGCAAAAACCUAUUCAUGAACAAUUCUAACUAAUUUCGCUGUAAAAACUUUGGAGCUAAUAACGUUUUUGAGCUUGAGUUGUUCGAAACCGAAAAUGGUGCAAAAAGAAACAGGAAAUAUUUACUUUUUUGUGAAGGUAUCAGUAAAAUGUGUAAUUUAUGUUUUUAGCAUAUAAAUUCAAACUAUUUGGGCUUUAAAACCGUCGAUUUUAAAGGAGUUUUAGUUUUGAGUGAUUUAUCAGCUGGUUUUAAAAUAUCUGGUAUUAUUCAAAAGAAAAAUAUGUACCUUUUUUUUUUCUAAACCCAGUUUAAAACUUUUUCACCAAUUUGAUUGUAAAAAUUAUAGAACUAAGAUUACAUUUUGACCCACCCAAAAGAAAGGAAAAUUGGGUUUAAUUUUGGUUAAGUAGAAAUGUUCGAUUAAGCUUAACAAUAAUAUUAGAACUAAAGUUUCCAAGGCCAAAUUAUUUAGAAUUAUCCAUACAAGACUCUUCUUAAUUGUUUUUUUUUUUUAUUUUGCAACGCUAACAGGUCGAGCCACCCUAAUAUAUAUAUACUAUAAAUGUUACUAGUAUAUAUAGUACACAUACUUAUCCUAUAUGUCCACCAUAUAGAUAAUUUGCUAUCUCUGUUGCGCUCGUGAUGAUCUUACAACGUGAUCUUAAGUCUAAAUCAAUGUGUAAAAUGUAUGUUUUGAUUUAAACUCGCUUCCUUUCGAACUUUUUCUCCCAGUGUGUAAUUUUUUCCGUUUCCGUUUGUUGUAGUUGUUUAUCAUGUCUCUCGCUCGCUCACUCUGUGUGUGUCUCUGUCCCUGUUGCUCUCGUGUUCCCACUCUCUCUCUUUCUCAUUAUCCCUCUCUGUCUCACCCAAUCUGUUUAUAAAAAUUGUAUACAAUUUUCGCCCCACUUUUAGUGUAAAAAAGAAGAAAAUCUCAAAUGAACUUGUAACUUGAUGUGAAACACGAAUUGUUUAUUAUAAGUUUUUAUUUUUACAUAUCAUUGAAAUUUGUAUUUCAUGCCACUUUUAUAUGAAAAUCUCUGUUCUAACUUUCCGUCUGGCUCAGCACAUUGUAUUUGUCUAUUGCGAACCCUAAUUUUAGUUGUAUAGUUUUGCAUUUGAUCUCUCGGCUUUAGUUUUUGCAUUCAAAACGAAAGAAAAUUAAGUUCCUGUGUAAUUGCAAAGACAACUUGAGAAAUUGUAUUAUAUUUUAAAGGACUAGGCAAUCGAUGUGCUGUUUUUAUAUGGAAACCAUAUCUCUCUAACAGUCGAGGAUCCUACAGUAUUGGCUCCCAAAACUGAAUCAAAAAAAAGAAAAGGAAAUAAGUAAAAACUGCUUUAAUUUAGCUUACUGCUUUUUUUAUUUUUGAUUAACACCUUGUUUUCACUUACCUUAAGCGCAGUAUUUUGUUUCAUUUAAUUCGAGAAUGCAUAUAUAUUUUUUGCUUAGUUAGUUUGUUAAGUGAUAAGGAUUUUUUUUAAUAUUUUUUAAAAGCAGUUCUAAUGUGCAAUCUCCCACCCCCCCAUCACUGAAAUUUGACCUCUCCCUCACCUUCGCUCGAACACCUUGUGGUUUCCUUAAUUAGUGGCUAAGUACCCAAGAUAAACACAAACACACGAAUACAAAAAACACCCACACGAUAUAUGAUUAUGAUUUGCAUUACUAUAUACAUACUAUAGAUUAUCUGUAGCUAAUUGUAAGCCUGAUUUUUGUGUAGUCUUAAAGCUGGACGAGCAUGCUUUAGCUUUAGCUUUACCCUAACAUACGAAACUGCAUAAGCAUACGAAUAUAUAAUAUAUAUAGCCGCUGUACAAUUACUUGACCUUUAGCAUUAACACUUGAAAACUUUUAAUUUGCAUUUACACCAACGUUUGUUUGUGUAUUCUUUUCGUUUUUCGAAAAUUAAAAUGUAUCUAAAACAUACAUAUAUGCGUAUAUAUAUAUAUAUAUAUAUAUAUACAUAUAUAUAUAUAGCCAUUAAAUAUAUAUAUAUCUGGAGGGGGAAUCGGAUACAAUAAAGGAGAAAAAAGAAUCCACGUAACAAAAACUUCUAUCAAAAGCAUUUAAUGUUACCAACAUAAUGAAUAAAAAUCUAUAUAAAUUAAUUAAUUAAAUUAUAAAUGUAUAACAAACAAGUUAGCCAACAAUUGUAAAACGUAGCUGAAAGAGUUCACUUUUUUUUUCUGUGUAUAGCAUGGAAGGAAAAGCAUAUUUAACCGAUUUUUCGUUCAUUUUUUUAGGAGUUUUCGUUUUGCUUUUUUGUGCUUAAUAAUAAUACUUGUUGUUGCUUGCCAUUUUGUUUGUUACUAAAAAAUAUAUAACAAGAGCCGUUAAUCAUAUAAACACAAAACACUCACACAUAGACACGUGGAAAAGCUCAAAGAAAAAAACGCGCAAAGAGAAAAUGUUUUUGUUUUCCAAACGAAAAAAAACAUUGAUAACGGAUUUGUCUUCCGCACGAGUUAAAAGUUCAAUUUGAACGAGGUACAAAUUUCCAGUUGAUUAAAUCGAUAAUCUGUUCAAGAAAUCGAUAUAUAGUAGAUAAAUUCGAUAACCAGUUGAUAAAAACUUUGGUCCACCCCGUUUCCACCCUCUUUUCGGGUAACCCCAGCAAUUCAAACCAGUUUAAAUUCCGAUUUGAGCGGUGUACAAAUUACGAGCUCUCUGAAUCGAUGACCCGUUGAUAAAUUCGAUAGCCACCCUUUUCCACUCUUUUUCGGGAAAUUUUAGGAAGCAAUAAAAACGAGACAAAACAGGUGGGAAAAACCUCGCGGAAAACCUCUCGGAAAAACUCAUCGUUCACUGCCCCACACGCCUUUUCUCACUCCCCUUUUCAGUACACUGAGAGCAAAUAAGUGAAAUUUGAAAAAAAAAACACCAAAAUCAUUUCAGUUACACCAAAAAAAAAAAUCGAGGAGAAAAGCGAAUUUUUGUACAUUUGCAGAGAGAAAAAAAGGAAAUAUUGUAAGAUUUAAUACAUCCAAAACCAAAAUCCAACAAAUACUAUUUUAUAUACCAAACAACAAAAGGAUAAAAAAAACGAUGAUUAACAAAAACCCAACAACUUUGCACCACAACAACAACAACCAACUAAAUUUUUAAAAAUUUAAUCUCAACGACUGCGCACACAACAAACAAAUUUUUUGUAUUAUAUUGAAAAAUAGAAAGAAAAAAACAAAAAAAAAAAAAACGUAACUUUAAUUAAGGUCGAAAAGAACCGGGUGAAGCGAAAGAUAGAAAGCAAAGUGAAAUAUUUUUUUAAGUGUAAACCAGGCCGGUCAAAAGGCUUGGACGCCAAAUUUUCUGCAAUAAAAAAUAUUUAAUAAAGUAAUAUUGUAAACUUUAUAGUGUACACAUACAAAACAACUUGAAUUAGGAACGAAAAAUGGAUAUAUACUUGUAAAGCCAAGAACAGUCCAAUUAAAAACACAUUCACACAAAUUAAAUGUGGUUUAGUUGUCGUCUUUUUUUUUAACAUAAAAGUACCUAAAAAUCAAAUAAUUGAGAAGAAAAAAUUAAUAAAAACUAAUUUCUAUGUGUCUCCCCUUGUGUGUAACUUUGCAAAUUCUAAAUUCUCAAAACCAAACUAAAAAAACAACAUAAUCAUAUUAACACAAGAAAAAAACAAACAAAUUAAAAUUAAAAAAAAAAAUGUAACUAAGCAAAAGAAUAAUUAUUUUUAAAGGGAAAUCAAUUUGUUAUGCACAAAGUAUAUAUGCAGAAAAGCCAACUUUUUAAGUUACGAAUUUGUUAAAGGAUCUAAAGAUUAGAAGAAAACCCGACUUUUUAAAGCAUUUUCGAGAAAUAUUGAGAAAAAAACCGAACAAUUUCAAUCUGAACAACAACAUAAAGCCCACGAAAGUAUAUAUAUUAUAUAUAAAUAAAGGUAAAUAAAUAUAUUUAAAUAAAUUAUCUAUAAACAGAAACGGUAAAGUAAAUUAAACAAAUCGUAUUUAUACACUAUGAAUGUCUAGUCGUAUUUUCAGUAUUAUGUAAACCGCUCCUCCCUUUUUCCUCCCCCCCAAAAAAAACACCGUAAAAAUAAAAAAAAAACACUAGAAAGCUAAGCUAAAUGAAUGUGAAAUGAAAAAAAAAAAACAAAUUUUUGAAAAUGCAAACUAAAAUUAAAAAUAAAAAAAAUAAACCAGAAAUUAUGUGUGUAGCGUGUACAAUAAAACAGAAAUAACAAAAUAUGGUAAACAAUUUUUAGAAGCAUUUUUAACACAUAUGAAAAACCAAACUUAACGUUUACAUAACGACGAUGAAGUGCAAGCGCAAAAAUUAAACGAAAUGUGUCUGUUUUUAGUGUUAGACUUGAUGUAAGCGAAACCACAAUAAAAAAAAGAACAUAA